AGCGGGUCCUGAAAGCGGCUCCGGGGCGGCGCGGUGGCGCACUGUGCGCGCCGAGCAGGCGGAGGGCUAGCGCCGGCGGCGGCGGCAGUAGCAGGGCGAGCAGUCAAAGCCGGCAGCGGCUCCGUCUCAGCCCCGGAAGCCCCGGCGGCCUUAGUGGCGGGGACCCUCCACUCUCUCCUCAGUGCCUCGCUCCACGCCUGGGGCAGGCGCGGCGGCCGUCCCGGAAGAGGCAGCUGAACGACAGUCGAACCAGACGGCCGAGGGAGGGCAGCGGGGCUCGAAGAGUUGGUAGGCGUGAGGCAGAUACCCAGGCGAGGAGGAGCCGGUCGCUGCUGUCCCCAUUCCUGGUCCCAGCGAUGGGGAAGCAGUGGGGGCCGCGGGAACUUUGAAGGCAGAGCGUCCUGGGUUUCGAGGGCUGCCAGCUCCUGGGGACUCCGGAGUCUCGGCCCCAACGCCAGUGGCGGAAGCGUCUCCGAACCCGCUAGGACCCCUGCGCUGCCGGAGAGGAAGUUCUUUGCAACUUCGUCCCAGACGUCGGAAACCUAGUCGGAGAGAGGCUGAGUGGGCAAGUCCGAGCCACAGAGACUCAGAGAAGCAGGAAAAGAAAGGAUCUGGCGGAGCCUGAGGGGUCGAGGAGGGACCCUGGAGGCAGCGAGGCCGCGGAACCGACCUGGCAGAUCCUGGUCUCGCUGCCUCCUGAGUGAAGCCAAGGGCCGUGUUUUCCGGUGGCGUCCUCAGAGGCGCUCGUAACCGGAGCUGGGGAUCCAGCCGUCCUGGAGGCGGGCCCCUACGCUAUGCCCCCGAAGCCGCGGGCGCCUUGGCCUCAGCUACCCUGGGCUGGGCCCGGAGCCGCGGCUUGAGCCAGCCAGGGAGAGAAGCCAGCCAGAGUUGGGCGCCGGGCGCCGGCUCCCCGCUGGACUGCGCUAGCUCCGUUUCCCGCCUCUCUGCGCUGCUCCCGGCGGUCUCCAGCUGGGAGACUCUGAGAGAGACCCUGAAGCUCCAGCAGUGAUUUCUGAGCCCAGCUCGUACGGUGUCCGGCCUGGUGGUGCGGCUCCCUAGCCGCCCUGGGCAGCCCCUUGGCGCCGGGAGGCGGCGGCGUGGGCCGGCCUGCAGUCUGGAGCGCCCCGAUGGAAAUACACUGUAAGCACGACCCGUUUGCAUCCAUGCAUAGACAUGGAGGAGUGAAUCAGCUUGGGGGGGUUUUUGUGAAUGGACGGCCACUCCCGGAUGUAGUCCGCCAAAGGAUAGUGGAACUUGCUCAUCAAGGUGUCAGGCCCUGCGACAUCUCCAGGCAGCUUCGGGUCAGCCAUGGUUGUGUCAGCAAAAUUCUUGGCAGGUAUUAUGAGACGGGAAGCAUCAAGCCUGGGGUAAUUGGAGGAUCCAAACCAAAGGUCGCCACACCCAAAGUGGUGGAAAAAAUCGCUGAAUAUAAACGCCAAAAUCCUACCAUGUUUGCCUGGGAGAUAAGGGACCGGUUGCUGGCGGAGCGGGUGUGUGACAAUGACACAGUGCCUAGCGUCAGUUCCAUCAACAGGAUCAUCCGGACUAAAGUACAGCAGCCACCCAACCAGCCAGUCCCAGCUUCCAGUCACAGCAUAGUGUCCACGGGCUCCGUGACGCAGGUGUCCUCGGUGAGCACGGACUCGGCCGGCUCGUCGUACUCCAUCAGCGGCAUCCUGGGCAUCACGUCCCCCAGCGCCGACACCAACAAGCGCAAGAGAGAUGAAGGUAUUCAGGAGUCUCCGGUGCCGAACGGUCACUCACUUCCGGGCAGAGAUUUCCUCCGGAAGCAGAUGCGGGGAGACCUGUUCACGCAGCAGCAGCUGGAGGUGCUGGACCGCGUGUUUGAGAGGCAGCACUACUCGGACAUCUUCACCACCACGGAGCCCAUCAAGCCCGAGCAGACCACCGAGUAUUCAGCCAUGGCCUCACUGGCUGGAGGCCUGGACGACAUGAAGGCCAACCUGACCAGUCCCACACCCGCUGACAUCGGGAGCAGUGUGCCUGGCCCGCAGUCCUACCCCAUCGUGACAGGCCGUGACUUGGCGAGCACGACCCUCCCCGGGUACCCUCCGCACGUCCCCCCCGCCGGACAGGGCAGCUACUCAGCGCCUACGCUGACAGGGAUGGUGCCUGGGAGUGAGUUUUCUGGGAGCCCCUACAGCCACCCGCAGUAUUCCUCGUACAACGACUCCUGGAGGUUCCCCAACCCGGGGCUGCUUGGCUCCCCCUACUACUACAGCGCCGCUGCCCGAGGAGCUGCCCCGCCUGCGGCCGCCACUGCCUAUGACCGGCACUGACCCUUGGAGCCAGGCGGGCGCCAAGCACUUGUGACACAUAUCAUUGAGGGCGAUAGCCUCCAGCCCCUCUGGAGCCAGCCAGAGGGGCCUGCUGAGACUGUCCCCAGCAGCCUCCCCCCGUCACCUGAAAUUCCCACCUUCCCCUUCUCCUCCCUGGGAUAGGGUUUUAUGCCAGGGCUGUUGGACUUCUCGAUGCUCAUCCAUUGCUAAGAGCCAAUUGAUGAGCUUCUCCCAAUGGCCACUGAGUCUCCGAGAACCAACAGACCUUUCUGUGGACAACUGCAGCCCAGCCCAGCCUGCCAGUCCCCCAGCCGUCUGACCAUCUGUCUGUCGAAACCACCCGGGCCUGGGAAGGAGAGCUUGCUUUAGCGGCUUCAGCAGCACUUGUGUAAAUACCUUCUCACUUUUCCGUGGGCCCAAGGGUCCGACUGAGCAGACUGCCCGACCCAUUAUGUGUCCUGCACUCACGGUGCGUCACGGGACAUCUCAGACCUGUGCCCGGAGCGUCCCCUCUGCCCUGGGUGCCCCCGCCACGUGGGCUCAGAGCUGUCCUUGACACCGAGGACACCCACCGUGGGGCCCCUGCCUCCCGCUCACGUCUUGACGGGAGUCUUGACCGGGAGUCUCUUCUUUCACGUCUUGACCGGGAGUCUCACUGGGCUGGUUGUGCUGCAAGUGCCCCCUGAGAGCCCUCCCCAAGAGGAACAUACUUUCCAGAGACGCCCUGGCUUCCUGCCUCCAUUUCCCUGGGGCCAAAGGAGUGUUAGCAGCUCUUUUCCAGAUCAAAAAACUCAAAGAGAACUGCUGGGGAGAGAGAACUUCCUCAGCUACUGUGCAAAAGCAAGAUGUCAUCCAAGGUGUUGACCGCACUGUGGACUUUGAGCGUCAGGGCGGGUGGGAUGCAGGAGAUCGUCCAAUCCAAGCCCAGGAGGGGCCCGAGGCUUCCUGACUCCCCCAGCCCCUGGAGCUGUGUGUUUCCUGAGGCAUAUCCAGGCUCAAAUCACUCUGGACACCCACCACGGACACUUCACCCACCCUCGAGGACCCCUAUGAGUGGAUUCUGGGCAAGCCUGUCCCAGCCGUGUAGACAAUGAUUAACACAAAGGACUUUCCCCUGCACCGAGGACCACAGACAGCCUACAGCAGCCAGCCAGCACUUCUGCAUGUCCUCUUGGGGCAGCCCCUCCCCGUCCUCAUGGAGCUUCGCAUGCAGCUGGGAGCAGAGGUGCUGGGAUUGGGGGCAGAUGCCUAAUUUUGCACAGUGCAUGCCCACCUGUUGAUUGAAGGGGCUGCGAUGGUCAGAGCCAUGGCCAAGGACCACAGGAGCUUGGAGAGGGGGCUUGGAGAGCUCACUGUGGGCUAGGGUGGCCAGAGGAAGCCAGCUGGGAAGAUGUGGGGGACAGAGGAAGGCUUCCUGGGGAAGAGGCAGGAAAGCAAUGAGGAAGUGGUAUGUGACCUGGGAAUGGUUUGGAGAUGGGGGUGCCAGAUGCUGCCAUCCCUAUGCCUGGGGCCUCAAUUUCUUGCAUAGUCUCUCUUGUCAUCUCAGAAAAGCCAGAUGCAGCCCCUGUCCAAACCCAGGCUGAAUUACAGCAAUGACAGUGGGCUUGGUCAUCUCAUAUGACAGUGUCCCCAAUGCCGGCAUGUCACUAGGAUGGCAGCAAGCUGGGGGCAGAGAUAGCCUGCACAGGAGUUGUCAAUUCAGGCAGGUCUUGUCCCAGCCAUUCCUCUGCUUUGGUGUGAGGCCUCAGACAGGACCCUUCACCUCUUUGAACCUCAGCCACCUUGGUACAGCAGAGUCACCUGUAGGUUCACCCAGCAUCUGUCUGCUUUCCUUCCUCCCUCCCAGGGAGCUGGGGUCAUGGCAGGGCUGGCUAGGGCAGGCCCUCCACUCCUGAGCAAGUAUGUGGGGUGUGCUUGAGUCCUGCCCAUACUUAGACCAAGUGGGAAACAAGAACGCCCAGAGGUGCACGAUCUGGAAGAGGCUUGAAAAAGACCUAGUUCAGCUUGACCAUGCAGGGAGACAGAGCAGAGCAGAGCAGAGCAGAGCAGAUCUCUUCUGGCCAGCACUAAGUGUUUUGUCCCCUAGACUCCUGCAAAGUGGUGGGACAGAAGAGAAAACAGAGGCUCACCAAGGUGGAGUCCCCAGGCAGUGACUGGCAGAGGUGGGGCUGAGACUCAGUCACCCCCAUCUAUCUAUAUAUUAGCCCAGGGGAGAGAGGUUGGCAGUGAGGGCAGCAGGAGAUGGCUCUGGACCCAGUGCCCCAGGCUGGGUGUCUGGGGCUGUUAGAACUGCCAAGAAAGCCCCAUCACCCAGGCCCAGUGAGCUCACACCCACCCUCUGGAACCCACUGGGCAAAAAAGGGAGGUCACUGGAGCCAGAGCCACCUCCAGGAGCUGGGACCAACUGGCUCCAGCCUCCACCUGCCAGGUAAGGAAGGAGAAGGUGCAUUACCUGGCUCCUCCCUCCCCCCAUUAAGCAGGAAGUGCUGGGUCAGGAGUCUUUCUUGAAGGCCUUGGGCCUGUGUCCCCUGCCACCCCUCUUUUGGAAUGAUGUGCGCCCACCACUUUGGAUCCUGGUCCCCCUGCCCCCCCUGAUUCCAGGCUGCUGGGAGGAGCUCAGCCUCCCCUGAACCAGCUGCCUAAGGCACACAGCACCCUCCCCUCGGCCAAGCCUACCCGGCCUCUGCGGCCCCUCUCCCCGUCCUGUUCCCCUUCCUGCCCCUGUACUGAGCUCCCUCCUGGCCUUUCAUCUCUCACCUGAGGCUCUGCUGGUCCUCAGAUUGGACUUGUAUUUAUUAGACAACCACUCGAUUCCUGGGCUGCCAGGCAGAAGCACAAGAGCACACGGAUGCACACGGAUGUUCUCAUACAUACAUAUCUGCUCUCACCAAUCCAGAGCACCCUCGCUGUCCGGCGGAGCUCUGAGGGCUUGGUGAGGAGGCUUCCAAAGGACACAAGCCGUUGAGUAGAUGCCAGAGGACUCUGAAUGGAAAACAGUAAGUUCAGGACUUCACCAGCAUCGUGGCAGGAGGCCUGGGGCAUUCCUUCAAAAGGCCUUUGGCCCUGUGGUCCAGCUCCGACUUUUUGAAAUGGACAUUGUGGAUUUUAUGAAAAAAUUUCAUACCGUUAUUCUAGCUCCAACCUAGAAAAAUCUGACGACAUAUCAAACCCGUCAUCCCUUUGCCAAGGCGCCUUAGGGUCAGCCCUCUCGUACCUGGCACCGUACGGUGCUUUGUGAUCCUUGACCAUCCUGUGGGGCCGAUCAGGACACCUGUUUUACAGAGGGGGAAACUGACACUUGGGGCUCACGUGGCAAGACAGGGAUGCGAAUCCUUAGCUCUCCAGGCCCCAUCCUCUCUCCACAGACUGUGCUCGCGACACGGGAGUGCAUGGCUUUGAGACACCCACCCCUCACUCCCCUAGAAACCUUCCAGACCCAAAUAGGGAAAGAAAGAACAGGGACGCAGAGGUUGGCCUGACCUAGGGGCCUAGCGGUUGGUGGCUUUGUUGGUCCAAAUUGGUUCCCAUUAACAUUGAAACCUGCAGCGUCUUGCCCAGAUUCACAGCAGCACUUCUGAGCUUUCAUGCAGACUCCUUCCCUCCUGCACCCUGAGGCUCUUGAGGGGACUAGAGCUUGUCCAAGUCUACACCGUGAUCCCUGACGGGCCCUGGGCACUGGCCCAGCUCUGACUCCCAGGCCCGGGGUGCCCCAGUCAUGAGCUGUCUCUUCAUUCCCCUUUUCUUUGUUCUUCCCACUUUGGAACAGAGUCCAGGCCUGGCUGUGACAAUGUGACAAUAUGCAGGAGUGCCCGAGCCUGGGCCAUCAGGGUGUCCACGGGCCAUGAAACACAGAUCACAAUCUCCAGGGCCCCGAACUACCUGCUUCCUGGACCAGCCAGGCUGCGCAACCUUGCAGCUUGGCGGGGCGAGAGGCAGCUGGUCGUGGGGGGUGGGGUGCUGCCCCCCGGCUGGUGUUCAAGUGUGAAAACUUAA